AUGGUUCGCGUGGAGCUCACAUGUGCGGCGAUUCGCCUGACGCCCGUGUGGGUGUGUCUGAUGGCGUACUGCCCGAAUGGGGAGUGGCCGACGCGGCUGCAGGCGCUAGUGCGCGUAAUGGACUACGGUUUCUCAGUUGAGGCCUUUAAGCACAGGCCGGUGGUGCUGCUGACGCACAUGUUUGUGCACGUCAACGACUCCCACCUUUUUGGGAAUCUCUCUGCGCUCACGGCGACCCUUAUCGAGUUCGGUGGCUCCUCCGUGAUAAAGAACGUGGAGGAAGAGAGCGUCUGGGUGUCGCUGCGGCGCACGCUUGGGUCCUUUGUGGUCCUUGUGGCCGGCAGCAUCGUGGGCGGCAUCGGGGGCCAGCUGCUGUACAAUGACGCCCAGCUGGCACAGCGGCACAAGCGAUGGCCGUUGCUGGCGGGAAUGAAGGAGGGGGCGAACGGCGGCGCCUUGGACGGCGUGCUUCGACGCGUGCGGAACUGGGUGGACCAGAUGAGCUACAAAAUGGACAAGAAGCGGACGGACGGCAUCUUCAUGUGCGGCGCCAGUGCCGGGAUCUUCUCCCUGGCCGGUUUCAACGUGGCGUACUACCAGCGGUGGGGCACCGCUCUCCCGAUGGUGCUACCGGAGCUCACCGCCGUCGCCUGCUCGCUGCUGCACUCCUCAGAAGAAUUUUCCAACGCUGCGUGGCUGCCGGCAGGCGACGUCGUUGGCCACGCAGCCCACCUUGGUGGGUUUACCGCAGGGGCCUGCAUGGGUCUCAUCUGGCGCUGGCUGUCGGAUGUCUAUAGCAACAAGCGGGCAAAGCGACCCAAGGCGAAGUAG